AUGGGAUCAACAGAUGUUGUGAUUAAAGUUUUUUUUAAAGAUGGCAGUUAUAAAUCUUUAAGAGUGAACGAAGAUGAUAAAACAAAACAAGUUUGUGCAUCAGUACUCACUAAAGUUUCAUUAAAAACAAAGAAUACCAAUAAAUUACUUUUAUACACUGCUUUUAAAGAAAAUAAUGGUUUGUAA